AUGGUCAAGCUUGAAGAAGUCGCUGUCGAUCAGUACGAGGAACAGUUGUUGAGUGAACACGAAGAUUCCGACUACUCUGACGAUGAGGAUUUUGACGAUGACGAAGAUGAGUCUUUAUUGGACCGUCUUGCUGCAUUGAAGGAAAUUGUACCGUUAAAGACCCGUAAUCAAAUCGCAUCGGGCGCUUCGUCACUGACAUCGUGGGGAAAGACUGGCGUGACGUUUGUUGGUAAGAGCGCCUGGGUGCUCACCACCUCUAUGCUUCUUCUCGUAUUGCCGUUGGCUCUGGAAAUCGAAAAGGAACAGGCUUUGGUGGCUUAUGAAAAGGAAGCGAUGCAGCAGCAGGGUGCACAACAGAUGUUGAGCAGUGGCCCAAUGUAUCCUGGACAGGCACAGCCCCAACCUCAGCAAGUUCAAGCUCCAGGCCUGUAA